AAUAAUAAAAAUUAAAAUAAAAAAAUGCAUUGAUCAGUCCUGUCGAAAUGGCACAGGAUAGUUGAUGCUUCGUUACGUCACAAAUAGACGACGUCAUGCUUUUGUUACCGAUUCUCGCGCUUAUUAACCUCUUAGCCUUUUUACACUGAUAUACGCUGAUUUAUUCGCAGCCAGAUACUAAACCAAAAAAGGGAAAGAUGUAAAUAUAAUACAUUGUUCGUUAUUGUAGUACAUUGUUUAUUGUUGUGAUACAUUGUUUGUUGUUGAAAUAUUUAUAUUUUCACUUCCCACUGCCUCAACGUAACUGAUAAACUCUGAUUACUUCAUUUCCCGAUGAAGAUGCUGGCUAGAGUGCUUUUGUUCUGAAAGACGAAUAACAUUUUUUCCGGCGUGUGAUUACAUUCGCUGUUUGCAUUGGCGAUCUAGUUUUGUACCGCCUCAGACUUGAAUGCACUCUCAUUUUGCGAAUUGUGUAACAUUGUUAUACAUGCAUAUAAAUACAAGUGGAACAGCUGAUGUGCUAAAACAAAUGCCAGUGUAAUGAAGACGAACGCUGACACUUCCGAAAACACUGACCUCAUGACCUGAGAGGUUCUGUUCGUCUAUGACAAAAUGGCGGUUACUGGUUUCGGGUCGUCGAAUACCCCCGGUUUUAGAUUUAGAGUACUGCUAGUAUACCAUCUGUGUAUAACCAAAAAACUAAGAAUCCAACAUUCAUUCAUAUUACAACACUUCUAAGUUUUUAAUUUUUUUUUCGAAUGUUGUGGUAUUUCGUGAUCACUGUUGUCUUCUCGUAGUCCCUGUGUCCUGAGUGACCAAAUCACACAUAUACCAUAGUAUUCACAGUGCACAUUGCAUUCGUAUUUCAAUCAGACGGCGGCGGGAAUUUGAAAUUGGAAAACGUAAAAAUAAGAAUGCAUUGCCAAUUUGUUACUUCGAUGGACUGAUGGAGGGAAGUGAACCUCGUGCAAAUGGUUCGAGAAAUGCUUGUCAGUUCAUUUUAUAUGUAGGAAAUUCAUUACCCUACGUCAGUCCACGGAAGCAAUAAAAUGACAACCGAUCCUUACAUACAUUGCUUGUUGUUGGAUAAGAUUGUUAUUGAAAUACAUUACUAUGGUCAUACAAUGUAAUUGUAAUACAUCGUUGGUUCGUUUUUUAAUACAGUGUUUGUUGUUGUUAUACAUUGUUCGUUAUUGUAAUACAUUGUUCGUUAUUUUGUAAUAUAUUGUUCGUUUUUGUAAUGCAUUGUUCGGUUUUGUAAUACAUUGUUCGAUUUUGUAAUACAUUUUUCGUUAUUGUAAUACAUUUUUCGUUAUUGUUAUACAUUUUUUGUUAUUGUACUACAUUGUUCGUUUUUGUAACACAUUCUUGUUAUUGGGAUACAUCUUUUGUUUCAGUGGUGUAUUGUUCUUGUGCUGCUACUGGACACGGUACAAAUGACCUUUGCUGACCCUAAGAAAUGUGUCAACACUCCAUUUGACUUGGUAAUUGCCAGUGAAGACACUGGAAACGUGAACCCAGGAUCAGUGGCAGAAGUUAACCGGGUAUACAGUGCGAUAGCGACACAGCUGGACAUUGGAGGACAGCAUAGGAUGGCCUACUACACCAUGACGACAACUGCUGUGCUUAAAAACUUUGGCCUGCCUGACCAUACGACUACUGCUGCCAUAACAGCCGCCUUCACCGCAGUAGGUGACCAGAGUGAGGUGGAGGCAAACGCGCAAAUUCCAGAAGGUCUAACUGCGAUUAAAACCGAACUGGACGCUAAUGGUAGAACCGGUGUCCCUCGGUACGGUUUGGUCUUGGAUGCGUCAGAUUUCAUCAAUAACGAUUUGAGAAGUGCUGCCGCCGCUAAUACUGCGGAUGGUACCACAAUGUUUGCCCUUGGUAUAGGCCCACCAUUCAGCCGAAUAGACCGAGCUGUCAGCGCCAUUGUUAACCACCCUCCAGUUGAACGAUACAGGCGGGCACUGACAGUACGGGAUUUAAACUUCUUUAGAAACAAUGUCCUCGAGAAUCCAACCAUCCGACUGCUCUGUCCAGGAGAUAUCGGUGGCCUGUGUGGAAGAGGUACGGUUUGUGAUAAAGCUGACAACACGAGAUGCGUCCAGGAUACCUGUGUCUGUAAUGCACAGUUACAGAAUACAAACGGAGUUUGUGUGACUGGCCCAGUCUUAGGUGAAGCAUGUAAUAUAGGAGAAUGUAGCGUGGCAAACACGGAGUGUUCUCCUCUACGUGUAUGUCAGUGUAUCGAGGGUUUCACUGCCACUGGCACGACCAGCUGUCAAGAAAAUGAUACUUCAGGACCAGUAGAUUCUCGCGACAGAGCAGUCGGCGUUCUUGUUGCGGUCUUGCCUUUCCUCUUAACUGGCGUUACUCCAUUUUAACAAUAACACAAAUUGGAAAAGAGAAGCCUGGAAAGCGAUUGAUGCUGAGAAAAUUACAUCAGUUCUGAUGCUAAAUCUCAUCAAAUGUCAUACGAACGAGAAUAAAAUGUGUUAUACUCUAA